GCGGCGAAGGUGGCUGCCGAGGUGGGCGGGGAGGUCAGGUGACCCGGCCGGCGUCCCAAGAUGGCGGCGGUAUCGGCGCCCGAGAGGCCGAGGCACCGUCCCGGCUGCUGAGGCGGGCCCCGCGCAGCUGGCAGCGGACGGGCCGGGCCGAAGGCUGGCGAGCGGACGGCCGCCGCCUCUGCGCGCUCCGCGGCCGGGGCUGAGCCGUGCGGCGGCGGCGCCGGGGGAUGCUCGAGCUGGGCCCGGCCUCUCCCUCAACUUAGGGCGGCGGCGGGCCCGCGACCCUGGCUCCCGGGCCAUGGCGCUGAGGGAGCUCAAAGUGUGCUUGCUGGGGGAUACAGGCGUAGGUAAAUCGAGUAUCGUGUGGCGGUUCGUGGAGGACAGUUUUGAUCCAAACAUCAACCCGACAAUAGGGGCAUCUUUUAUGACCAAGACUGUCCAGUACCAAAAUGAGCUACAUAAAUUCCUAAUCUGGGAUACAGCUGGACAAGAACGAUUUCGUGCCUUAGCACCAAUGUACUAUCGGGGCUCGGCUGCGGCCAUCAUUGUUUACGACAUCACAAAAGAAGAGACAUUCUCAACACUGAAGAACUGGGUGAAGGAGCUUCGGCAGCACGGCCCGCCCAAUAUCGUCGUUGCUAUUGCUGGGAAUAAGUGUGAUCUUAUCGAUGUCAGAGAAGUCAUGGAGAGAGAUGCUAAGGACUAUGCCGACUCCAUCCAUGCGAUUUUUGUGGAGACCAGCGCAAAAAAUGCGAUAAACAUAAAUGAACUCUUUAUAGAAAUUAGUCGAAGAAUUCCUUCUGCCGACGCCAACCCGCCAUCUGGCGGCAAGGGCUUCAAGCUCCGGAGACAGCCGUCCGAGCCCCAGCGGAGCUGCUGCUGACCGGGCCUCAGCCUCCCAGACUUGCUGAUGAAGUAGGUGGUCCCGAAAGUUAACAAGAGGCCUGGGUUCCCUGCCGGCAGGUUCUGCCUCUCCGGUUUGGGUCUUCUUCAUGCAAACAGGACUCGGAGAAAUUGGCCAGUUCCGCUUCCUCUCUGGAGGCCAUGGCACUAAUGUUUCAGUGUGCAGACCUCUGGCCUGUCGCGAGUCUGGUGUGCACCGGGACCACAUCAUGGGCUUUUGACCUUGCUGAAGAGGAACGUGUAAUUGUAUGGACGGUAGGGUUAAAUUGUUGAGUAGUUUUGUAAUCAAGAUUUUAUGUAACAUUUGUAAAGGGAAAAUUAGCACUUUCGUGGUUCUUGAGGAAAAAAAGACCUUGCAGAGAUGGUAAUUUCCUUGGUUUCCCGUUACCACUGUUAGAGGGAAUCGUAUCAUUUAAAAUGUGGUUGGUGAUUGUAAGUGGAGGGCUGGCAAUCAUUAUUGGGAGCUGAACUGGAUUAUUUAUAGGACUGAAGGAAACGACUCUGUCCCCACCAUCUCUAAAGCACUUGUCAUUGAAUACUUUAGCCCCUGAUACAUAGAGUAAAUUAACAAUGGUAACAGCGGAGGCAUAGCUCACCAGAGGUUUGCAUUCCGACCUCGUCCUGUAUGUGUCAAAAAAACACAUUACUGGCCCCUUUUUAAAUAAGCUCUCGUGAUGAAGGUGGUGGUGGUGGCAAAGCUGCCUGGGAGAAAUCGGGCUGCAUACGUUUGAGCUGACUAGCAGUGGUUUAAAAAAGAGGAAGAAGAGAGAGAGUAAAGAAAGUGGUGUAAAUGCUGUCAAUUUUUUAUUUAACCCAGAUAUUUUGGUGGAGAAAACAGUUAUCUGUUGCUUAGCAUAUGUAAAGUUGUAGUCUAUAUUUAUGAGACCAUGGCUUAAAAAUUAUAAAUUAUGUAAAUACAUGAAUAAAUUCUAUGUUUCACCCAACACUCCAUUUAAUCUCGCAGCCAGUGUCUUGGUAUGCCCACCCACCUCCCAGCCUGUCCGCGGGGGGCUCUGCUGCACGUUUCUGUCGGGCGAGAGCACAGAGCACUUGGCUUACAGUCUUUAAAGAGGUCUCUGCCUCGCCUUGCACACGCUCCCGCAUCCCAUCUGGAAAUCAUAAUAAAGACAUAUGCCACUUUGACAAGCCUGACUAGCCCUUCCUAGCCUGGGGGUAAAAGAUGACGCUCCAAGUUCAAGUCAUUUCACCUGGUCUUGGCAGUAAGUUUCUUGUAGCAUUUACAGCGACCCCGGACGAGUGUUUCCACGAGCUCUCCUUGUUACCGAUUCAGCUUAUCUCUCCGUUUCCUUUAUUCCCCUGCCUCUGUUAGUGGUUAACACUCUUUCCCUCAGGGAGCCUAAUGAGGUUUUUAAUAUAAUCUAAAAAUAAAGCGCUGAAGUGAAGUUGGUGACAAUUUGCUCCUGGUCUAAUUUGGCGCCCUUCCAACCGGAGUGUUGUAAGGGAAGGAAAUUUACAAGAUUGAAUAGGAAAUGAAACAGCUUGAAUUUCCAACUCAAUUGUGUUUUCAGAGCUCUCGCAGACUGAAGAGUUGGAACUUUGAAAAACAAUGGUUAUUUCCCUAUGCCCCCCACUUGAGAUGGGUAGAUUUUAAUGGGAAAAUUAUAACUCAGAUUAAGUAAAAAGCGAUUCCCUUUUCCCUGGUGUAUAUCUUGAGCAUUUGAAAUUAUUUAUUCUCUUACUGAAUUCGUAUGGAAGGAAUGUAGUUAGGGAAAAUUCUAGCAUCUUGUUGAAAAUACAGGCAGACUCUGUGCCCUCCGCGUCUUGCUCCCCUUCCCACCAUGACAUGAGCAAGCGGUGAGAGAAAACACGCGGUUCUAAGGGUGGGCUCUCGACACCUGAAGGGGCUGCAUCUCCUUUCCCAUACAUGCAGAUGGGUCAGGGCAUCUGGCCUCGGCCCUGGUGUGUCUCUCACAUUCCCAUUGCUGGGCCUCCAUCUCCACGACAACAAACAAAAUAAAAACAAAGGGAGCUUGGCUCAUCACCGAGCAGGCGGUGCGCGGGUGGCCCUUUCUGUCUUACUUCACCGAAAGACGACGCACAUCUGUGACCUUCGCAGUUUUCCCGCCAAACCUGUCAGCCACUGUCGGUGAUUCCCUGUGAUCUGGGCACCCGGGGAAGGCCAUGCGCUUCUGUGCCACGUCUUACUGGGGAGGCGUCAGCCUGCCUCUCACUGUGUCCCCACGGUCCCUGCAUUCAGCCGAGAACGGGGCUGGCUCUUCAGGCCCUCCUUGGCUACUCUUUCUUCACGGCUUCUCACGCUCCGCCCCAUUUGUAGAGAGGACUUCUGUUGGGUUCUGGCCACGCAUUGUAGUCCCAGAACGAGUGACAGGUGGGUGGCUCGUGCACCGGUGCUGCCUUCCUGCCUUCUGGGGCCUCUUCUCGUGUGCCCUGGUUCUCAUCAGCUGUCUCAGGAAUCCACGAGACCCUCUGCUCACGCAGCACUUCUCCCUACUGGCAGCAGCAGCCCGUGGUCUCGGAUCCGUGUAACCUGUACCCCAUGAAAACAGGGAAACGUUUCCAUUUGUUCGGUCCGCUUGUGUGACGCAGAGCUGGAGGUUAAAGGCAGAACCAGUGUUUUAUUUUGAACAUGCUUUGGAUUAAUAACCUGACCAAGCAGUGGUCUAAUACACAUUUCAUCCGUUCUCAAGUUACUCCUUAUGGGAAAAAGCUAGAUUUCAGAGGAAUUGGGACAUAGCCCAUCUAAAAAAUCUUCUUUUUGGUUCCCUUCUGACAAAGGGCCAUUUUGAAAAAACUUUGAGGACUGAAAAGAGAAAAAUCAUUAAUUAGCUGCGAGUGUGUAUUGAUUCCUCUCAGAGAAAUUGAAGUGAGCUCUUAGCAGGUGCCCAGUCCUAGGAACCAUCCGUCUCCAGAACUCUCCCUUCACACAAGUGUUUCUCCGAUUCUGUGAUAACUAAUUAACCAUCAUUUGGUGAUUAAAAGAACAUAAAGUAAGAGUAUGAUUAAGUGUCCUUCAUUUUAAACUCUCUUUAAGAAGUGAUUAGGGAGAAGUACCUAUCGCAAGCCCUUCUGGUUCCAAAUGAAACCUCCAUCACCUGCUUUUCAGCCACAGGCAGGCUAAGUGCUUCGCAGAGCGGUUGAAAGGGUUGGUUCCUUUAAAAUAACACACUUGCUAUCCCCUAUUUGUGAUUUUGGUUGAAGCGGAUGCCUCCAGUAUCCGAAGGUCAGAGCCUUUUGUAUUUGAGGCCUGACCUCCUCCCUGGAGUGGGCUGUUGCCCUUCUCAAGGCAAUCAUUUUUCAUUUUUUUUUUUAAGUAUAUAAAAGAGGAAGGAAGGCCACCUUUAAGUCUUGUAUUUUUUGUUUUGUUUUAUUUUCUCUCAAGAAGGAAAACAGGUCUAAGAGACCUUCUAAAUUAAACUCUGGGAGCUAGAGUCAUGAAAAUGUCCUUUGGAAUAUGGCUCCAUGGCUUUCCUGGAGAUGUCAAACCAGAGUCUCUGCACCUCCUCGGCCGUGUGUCACAACGGACAGGUUCGACUCCGAUCACGGUGCACUGAUUGGCAUGUCGGCCCUGGGGCUUAAAAAGGCGUUUGUUCACCGUUAGAUGCGUCCUUUCUAUCCUGUGGGUGACUUGCAAAAGAGGUUAUAUAAAUGGAUACAAGCAUUUUUUUUCUACUCGUUUUUUCAGAACACACUGAGAACAUGAGUCAUGGUCCCAUGGUUGUAUAAGAUGGAGGUGCAAAGUGUAUUACAUAUGACAGCCAAGCCCCUGCACAUUCAGAUGUCUUUGCAGGAACCUGUCUGUAAAAGUAAUGAGGGGCUCCUUUAGCCCCUCACAUCUGACACUUACUAGGUGCCAGCGUCAGAACGCCGGGGCAUUGAGGGGAAGACGACAGCCCCCACGCUCAAGCUGGCGCUCUUCUCCAAACUCCGCAGUCUGUUCAUGUUCUUCCGGACCCUGUAAUGAAAGCUGAAGACCACGAUAAGCUAGAUGGUGUGAACCCGUGGAAAAAUCUUCCUUGUUUAAAUUUGUUGUAAAGGAACUGGCAGCCUGACUUUGGUUUACUGUUUGACUUGCAGAGAGAGUCUGCCUCGUGGCGGUUAAAGUAUUUUAAAAAAGGGAGAAGUGGAAUGUACUUUUAAGGAUCAAGCUAUCACUAUCUACCUGCCUUCAGUUAGCUUGGUGCAUGAAAAGUUCAACGAUUCAAGGUGAUGUUUAGGAGACUUACCUUAACUCUACAGCACGGUCAUAAAAAAAAAAAAAAAACAGUCCAA